AUGGGAAACAAAACAGAAGUAACUCCUACGAAUGAAGAAAAAAACAAUAAAGGUAGACCUACUAAUUUAGCAUCACCAAGAAAUGCUGAGGAUAAUAUUUCUCCUUCUAAUGAAGAAAAAAAAAAGGUGCAAAUGCCAUUUGGUAAUGAUGACAAUAAAUCAAAAAAAGUCCAUGUUUUAAAUCCCAAAGUAGAAAAAAAUGGAGAUUCAUUAAAUAAAAAGAAAGAAUUAAAUGAUAUAAAAAUAUUAAUAGCAAAUGAUGAAGAAAUACAUACAUUACCUCCAGGAGCUGUUGGAAGGCGUUCUCCUUUAAACCCUUUUUCUUCUCCGAUGUUAGGAAAAUAUAGAAGAAAAAAUAAAAAUGCAAAAGUAAAAGUGAAAGAUCCAAGGUUAAAUAAUAAUCCUUUAACUGGAAGAUUAAUUGUAUGCAUAUCAACAACAGCUAUUUUAUGUUGGGUUUUUUUGGCUGAAAUGGUAUUUAAUUAUAAUACUUUUAAUGGAAGAUGUAUAUCAAAAGUAUUGUAUCCUAUAUAUACCGAAGAUGUACAAACAAAUAGACAACCUUUUUUUGUACCUUUAGGAUAUGGUGCAUGCGAAUAUAAUUUAGAUGAAUCUGCUUCGGAUCGUCAUUUUAUUGGUACAGGUUCAGAAGAUGAAGGUUGGCCAACAAAUAAGGUAGAGGAAGAUUCUGAUUCAAAAGGAAUAGCUAGUUGGGAUUCUGUAAACAGUCGUGUGUAUAGUCAACUAGGAGGAUUAAACACAAACUUAAUAAGAAAUUAUGGAGAGACAUAUAGAUUAUUUUGGUCUAUGUACUUACAUGGUGGUUUUAUGCACAUACUUUUUAAUGUAAUAUGUCAAAUUCAAAUAUUAUGGAUGAUUGAACCUGAUUGGGGUUUUCUUAGAACCUUAAUUUUAUUUUUUGUGUCAGGAGUUACCGGAAAUUUACUGUCUUCAGUUUGUGACCCUUGUGGUGUUACAAUUGGAUCUUCUGGAUCUUUAUAUGGUCUAAUAGGAGCUUUAUUUACAUAUUGUAUUGAAUAUUGGAAAACAAUUCCUAGACCUUGUUGUGUUUUAAUAUUUAUGAUUGCUGUCAUUAUUUUUGGUAUAUUUAUUGGAAUGUUUGGAUAUACAGAUAAUUAUGCUCAUAUGGGAGGAUGUUUAGGAGGUAUAUUAUACGGAUUUGCAACCAUUACUACUGUUUCUGCUGCAGAUAAAUGUACUUUAGGAGAGAGAAUGCUUAUAUCUCCUCCUUUCUCUUGGUUUUUAUCUAAAGAAACAAAAGAAUUAAUUCGAGCUAAAGCUAGAGAGAAAAAAAUAAAAGGAGAGAAUUAUAGAAAAAAACAACUAGCCAAAAAAGUUCGUAAAGAUGAUACUCUUCACUUACUUAUGGCUGUUAUGAAAAAUAGAUUAAAUGAAGAAGGUAGAGCUCCUUGUAAAAUGAAAUUAAGAGAAUGGAUUGUUAGAAUAACAGCUGCCGCUUCUUUAAUUAUAAUGUGGAUUGUUUUAUUUACUUAUUUAUUAAGUGAAAAAGCAUAUAAAUCUUAUUCACCAUUAGGUCAGAUUAAAUUUUCAGGAAUACAUUCAUGUUAUUGUUGUGAAGUUGUAAGAGAUAAAAUUAAACUUGUUAAUCUAGAUAAUUUUUAUUGGUGCUUUUCAAGUGAAGAAGCAACUAAAUAUUAUUGUAAUAAAUAA